GCGAAAUCGGUUUGACAGUAACAGACGAACUACACAUUUAAUCACACAACGCACAGGAAACCACGCGAGUUAUGAUGUGAAAGAGCUUUAUUAUCCAAGCUAUUUUUGAUCCAUCGCUGAAGAAUUAACUAUUGAGCAAUAAUAAAGUCAAACCUAAAAGACAUGGCGUUGAGGGCUUACUCAUUUCUGGCAGUGCUACUGACGGUUAGCCUUUGGGCAAAUGGACAAGGUAUUUUACUUAUGACAAUACGAUAUAUACUCGAUUCUAAAUUAUUUUAUCAAUUCUAUAUUUGUUUUUCUCUAGGGAUAUUAUAUACAAAAGUAUAUUAUACUUUUGGUUGCGGUCAGUCACUCUAUGAAAGUUGAUGAAAAGUUUUAUUGAAAAGACCAAGUCUUAGCAAAUAGAAAGCAAAGACGUGCUUAUAUAGCCUUGGCCAGCAAUCACUGGGCACUUACAUACGGUUUCAUCACUCAUGCAAGCCAAUUACAAGGGCAAGGGUCCCUAUAUUUACAUUCAUGUAUGCAUUUAGUUUAAACUCGUGUUUCUACUCCGAGUGUGAUAUACAUUUACACUGUUUACAUUGCCACAAAGCUUAUAGCUCAGUCUUAGGGCAGGCCUAGGCCAACGAUCGCUGUUCUGGCCGCCUGGGUCAGAACUUUGCUAGACCACAUUAAAAUUUGUCUAAGACCCAGUCCAACAAUGUUUGAAGAUGUCGCCACACUAUUGGAUGCGAAUUUUCAAACAAAGUCAAACCCAAUCCAUCAUGUUCCAUCAUUAGCCAACAUUACCCAACAUAUAGGUUAAACGAGGCCAACAAUGUUGCAUCCAACCCAAAUUGGUAUUUUGGCCUCGUAUGAAGGAGAUUUUACACUACCAAAAUGUAGGCCUCGCCCACAGUUAAGAUACCAUCAAUUAUAAUUAAGGUCCAUUAAUAAUUUUUUUAAAUGAAAAAAAAAUUAAAAGGGCAUAUGCAUGAUCAGCUAGCUGCUUCACUGAACGAAUCAUAACAAAUGCAAUAAUCAUUAUUCUAAAUCCAGUCAGAGAUAUUAGUCAGAAUUUAUAGUAUUUUCAAUUAGAAUCUAUUAAUCAUUGUAAUUCAUUGCAAUUUGACUGAUGUCUAAUCAUUAAAUUCUGGUCCCUGGUUGUGCUGGACCGCUGGUUUUGAACUCAGUCUGAAAACGUCCAAAAAGUCCAAAAUCUGUAAAAGUCGCAAGUGGGUAGUGGUAUGCGUGCAGCUUAAGAGUUACAUACUUGUGUGUUAAUGACAAUGGUACUUGUAUAUUGAAUCAGAGCCUUCUUUAUAAGCCGUUGCCAGUAUCUUCUGUAUACUUAAUUUUAUAUUUGCAUGAUGAUAUGACAACAUGAUAUAUAUGAUAUAUGUUGAUAUAGACCGAUUCGAAAAAUGGUUGUCAUUCUUUUUUCUCCCGAAAUUAAUUUCGACCAUGCAUCUAGAGGCAUAUUCGAAAGGCGGAGGCAUAUUCGAAGACCAACUUUAUAAUACGAACUCCCAAAGGACGUCAAAUAUGCUUUCGAACAUUUUUAAAUCUGUUUCAUGCUUAUUUCGCUUCCCAAGAAAAAGGAAGGGCCAACUUACUAUAGAGCAUUAUUAGUACAUUACCCGAAAUUAAAGAUAUUAAGUUGAAAUGCUAAAAUUGAAAUUGUUAAUUUUUGUGGAAAAUGGCAAUUGUUUUCAUAUAAAUUUGAUCAGCCGUGUUUCUCGAUUUUUUUACUCAUUUUUAAAGCGUGCGCCAAAUUCAAACAUUUGUAUCUCACUUAAUAUGACGUGGCAUUUUUAGCGCUGUAUAUCAAGAUCUAAGUUAGCCUUUCCUCAAUACAAUAAAACUUAUUUGAGUGUAAUAACUUUUACAGUUUUUACCUUACAUGAAAUCAAUAUUUUUUUACAUGGCUUUACACGCAGGCAUAUAUAUAUUUAAUAGAUUUGAAGAUUUGUAAUCCAGGCAUUUAUUGAAUUACAAUUUUCCUACAAAUUAUACAGUGUUCUCCGGAUUGUAAUUGUUUGUUUUGAGCUUUCGACUAGGUAUACUUCGAGUCUUCAUAAUUAUCAGAAUUAAGGAUUGAUACAGUGUUCUCCGGAUUGUAAGUGUUUGUUUUAAGCUUUCGACUAGGUACUUCGAGUCUUCAUGAUCAUCAGAAUUAAGGAUUGAUCAUUUGAAUUUUCGCGCUGUUGUUGACGCUGUUGAAGUCUGUGGGAACGUCUGAUUGGUUGAUGCAUGAUUUCAGUAUGUUGGUUACCAUUGGUUGCUAUGGAAUGCGGGUGAUUAUUGUUAUCAUGAGACGGUGUAGGGAAGGAAGUUGAGGGUGGGUUAAAGGUUAAUGAAGAUGAAUUAAGAGAUUUGUGCGAGCGUUUCAGUUGUAAGUAAAUUGUAGGAAUGUCAAUGUGACGGUUAAAUGUUUGUUUGUCUAAUCUAUGCCAUGCUUCUUUUAAACUCAUGGGCAUGUUUGAUCGUUGCUUGUCCUUGUCCUACUGUCCUUGUCUUUUUGUCGUUGCUUGUUCUUGCACAAAUCUCUUAAUUCAUCUUCAUUAACCUUUAACCCACCAUCAACUUCCUUCCCUACACCGUCUCAUGAUAACAAUAAUCACCUGCAUUCCAUAGGCAUAGCAACCAAUCACAACCAACAUACUGAAAUCCAUCAACCAUGCAAUCAGACGUUCCCACAGACUUCAACAGCGUCAACAACGGCACGAAAAUUGAAAUGUUCAAUCCUUCUGAUGAAGACUCGAAGUACCGAUUCGAAAGCUCAAAACAAUGUAUAAUAUCCAGACAUCAUGCGCAGAGUGUAAUGGGGCCAGAGUGCUCAAGCAACCACAAGGGAAGUAAGCUUUGCAUUAUCGCCCAUUAACAACUCCGCAGAGUGCUCAACAACACCGAAGUGAAGGAGCGUAAUAAUAAAUAAACGUAUACUUACUAAAAUCAGGAAUUUUAAUUUAGUGCGCUGGCCGUUUGGAAUAUACGGUUUACCCAAAGCUAAAACUGGAUGUCCAGAUGCUAUAUGGAAAGAGGGCUGGAGAAGACAGGAUUUGGAUGAAAAGACCAAUACUUCAUCUAAUAUUCAUAUGGAUGUGCAAAUUGAAAAUAAUGGCAACAUUAAAAGAUCAUUUUGCGUAAAAACCAUGAAAAAUGCGGGAACAAAUGAAUGGCCUAAAGGUGACUAAAAUGUAAUUGUAUAAAGAAAUGUGCAAUGAUUACGUCAUCUAGAAGGUUAUGUCAUGUGAUCACCAGAAUUCGUUUGUGCAUUUGUUUGUGUAUAUUUGUUUAAUCGAGGGAUAAAUUACUCUGAAAAUCUGUUAUCUUCCUACACUUCGUCAAUAAUCUCAAAAAAUCUUUUAAAAAAUCCCAAAAUCUUAAUAAUUUUAAUAAAUCCCAGAAUCCCGAAAUCCCAAAAAGUCGGCCACGGAAUCUCUAAAUAUUUCAGAAAAUACUCGGAAAAGACCAAUAAAAACUUCAACAUCAUUGCAAAAUCGAGAAAUCCCACCAAGUUUUGAAAAAUCUCCCCCGGAAAUAUCCUAUUUAAACCCUUACAUACAUUCCAUACCCUCGAAAUCUCCAUGUUCAUCUACUUCAUGUAUAAGAAUUUUUUUAUCACAUGAGGAUCGGGAGAAAAGAAGAGAUCGUGUUUGGCUAAGUUUUGCAUAUUUAUUCGCAAAGUUUUGUUCUUAUGAAAAAAACGAGGAACAUUUUCCGAAAAAAAUGAAAAAAUCCCAAAAUCCCUGCAAAAAUUUGGCAAAAAAAUCCCAGAAUCCCAAGAAAAAUUGCAGGGAAUUUUUAAUCCCAAGAAUCUUCGUACGCUUUUUUCAGAGUAAUUUACCCCUCCAGUUCAAUUUCUGUUACCAUACAUAUUAAAAAGUUUUCUUUGAAAGUUUGUGAAGAUAAUGAUUGAGAACAGGAUAAGAAAUUAACAAAAGUUUGUAUGUUUGUAUAUAAUUUUUGCAUGCGGAAGACUUCACCUUCUGGUAGCAUUUCCCUGAGAUUUUGGCGAAGAUGGUCUUUGCAGGGAUAUAAAGUCAUAUAUAAAUGUAGACUGAAAUGUGAUUAAACAAUCCGCUGUUGGAUGAUUGAAGUCUCUAUAUUUUACUCUGUUUUGCUCCACAGGGUUUUACUGUAUCUAUAAAGGCAAUAAUAGUGCUUGUCCCACGCGAAUGACUCAGGGCGCCGUACAAUGGGACGACAAGGACAUUUUAAACGUCAACCAGCAUGGUGGAACAUUACCUGAUGGUGUGUACGAUUCCAAUACGAAGAUAAACUACUGUUGUCAAAAUAUGGGCAGAUGGUUUGAUCCAAUUAGGCUGCCAAUACAUCGCCCAUUCUAUCUCCUACCACACAACAGUUCUACACUACCAAGAUGUCAGCUUGUUAAGUGGGCCGUGAGUCGGUUGGAGUAUAUUGAUUACGAUACAGUGGACAUAAGAUCGGCUGAUAAGUCCUCUGGGGAUCACGUGUUUCUUGAACACAUUAGUUCUAGUUCGAUCAGUCCGUUACCAUCUACGUUUCUUAGAGUGCAUUAUUGUUAUUAUGAAGGUAUUAAAUUUGGUUUAUCGCAUGUGCUGUUAUUUAAUUUUUAAGAAAACAACAUUUUUGUUCAUAACUGUGUUCAUUGCAUCAUCGGGGUAGAAAUGUAUAUGUGUAUUAUAUUUAUGUAAUAUAUCCAGUUACUCGACUCUAAAAAAAUGGAGAAAGUUGCCCAUGCUGUUGAACGUAAAUUCUGAACUGAACGACUUUUGAGUGUUGUAGAAAAAAUGCCAAUGUUAUAUUAAGACUUUUUCUCGUGACUAGCCACUGACAUACUAACGAGCCUAGGGUACCAUUCCACCUUAAAUACUGCAAGCCGUCCUUGUUGUACGUUACCAUUCCAGAGCUAACUAGUUGUAAAUCAAAUGCGAGCAUUGCUCAACAUAUUUCUAACAGUGCAUGAAACUGUGUCCAAAAUUGCACUGUUAGUUGCAGAAAUAAUUUUUUUCUCUAUGACCUCAAAUGAUGACCUGCAUUAUUAACUACCUUCAUUUAUAUAAAUUUUAGGAUGUCGUUACAAAAUGAAUACAAAUGAAGGUGUCUUUGGUUCAUUAAAUGACAAUCCCCAGUUGGACAAAUGUUCAUGGUCAAUUGAAGUGGAAAAAUCUCAUGUGAUUUCAAUUGAGUUUACCCAACUGCAGCUACCAAAAUGUCGGGAAAGUUAUUUAGCAGUGUAUGAUGGCGUUAACGAAAAAGCACCUCGGUUAGAAAAAUAUUGUGACUCCAAAACGCAAAAGAAUCGCAUUGUAUCAUCUGGAAACAAGGUUUUUGUGAUACUUAAAUCUCUUACACCACAAAAAGAUUUCAGCAGGCAGCCAAAGUUUGAAGUGAAGUACAUCGCUCAGCGGAGUUCAGGUAAGAGGGAAUAUAUAGGCCUACUCUCUAAAGCACAGCCUGCUUUGCACUAGGAAUGUUUUGUCAUUGGCCGUUUUUAUACUAGAGACGCAUUAUGCGUCUGGACGAACUUGGGCAAGCAUUUGUUGUUCGUCUGGUUAUGCGUCCUUAGUAUAAAGACGGGCACAAGACGCAUUAUGCGUCUAGACGAACUAUGUUCGAUUCUUCGUCUUAAGAGACGCACAACCGAUGAUAGUUCGUCUAGACGCAUAAUGCGUCUUGUGCCGUCUUUAUACUCGGAGGACGCAUAACCAGACGAACAAUGAAUGUUGAUAGUUCGUCGCAUUGGCCGUUUUUAUACUAGAGACGCAUUAUGCGUCUGGACGCAUAAUCCGUCUUCUACAUUAUUCGUCUAGUAUUAUUCGUCCCGUCUUUAUACUAGACGAAUAAUGUAGAAGACGGAUUAUGCGUCCAGACGCAUAAUGCGUCUCUAGUAUAAAAACGGCCAUUUAGUUGAGUAAUCAAAUUUGAACCUAGAUCACAUUUAAAGUUGUGUGUACAAGAAAAGCUUCACUGUCGUACACAAGUUGAUACCGGUAGUGUAAAGAAUAUGAGAAGAUCAUUCAAGAUAUGACAAAUAUCACAGUGAACAUAAUCAACAAAAAUCAGAAAUCAUUCCUAUUUGAUUUAGGCCUCCUCUUCUUCCCCUUUUUCGUUUUGCAGCGCUCGAGUCUUGUGUGUAUUGUCUCCAUGUGCAUGCUGUAACUCGGGCUCAUUUUCAUAAUGAUCUUGGACCAAGACCAUAUACAAUCUCUUUAAUAACAUCUAUAUUCCACCACUUCUUCAGUUUUUCUUAUCUUUAUUUUCUGUCUGAAUAUUCGAAUAUUUAUAUAUCUUUUCCCAUAUUUCUUCUAUCAUGUGUAAGCUAAUUUUCUAUAUCAUCUGUGAUUACAUAAAACUUUAUCAUCCAAUUGCAAACUUUAAAAGGACUUUGAAUAGACCUAUUCACAUGGAGCCAGAUGCGAUUGGCUAAGAACGUAUGAAGUUUUCUCUUUCCGAACUAAUAACAGCCAAUUAAAUCAGUCACACAUUUUCCACGCAAUUGGUGUAAAAAUGUCUAUUAAAUGGUGUUUUGAAAGAGGUUGCCAUUGUCAUACAGACAGUUUGUUUGAAAAUACCUUGAUCAGAGAAAUUUUGAUUGUCUAAAUCAGCCUUAUGAAAUGUGACGAAAACCAUGAUGAACUGCAGAACGGAAAAAAAUUAUUUUAAAAGAUUAUUGUAAAAUGAUUCUUUCACCUAGCCUCCUCCGCAGGCAACUCGGUGGAAAACAACGGCGAAACUUACGCAAUAAUUAGCAGAUUGAGCGAUUCCUUUCUUAUACGCUGCAGACACUCUAACUAAGAACCCUAGCUCGAAACGUCGAAAUUAUUUAAUAUUUUAGUUAUAGUUGAGAAGUAAACUGCGGCAUUUUUUAACCUAUUGUUUAUUGUAGCCUCCUCCACAGGCAUCUCAGGCUAGGUUUAUUGUGAAAAUCCACACAAAUUGAAUUACAUGUAUACUAUUUUCUUAUUUAUCUUUCUUUAGGUUUCACUCCAAGACUAACAAAGCCCCCUUUUAACACUAAACCAACAGAGCAGUCCGAUUCUGACAGUGAAACUGCUUUAAUAGUUAGCCUCGUGGUAGUGCUAAUUUUCAUCCUUGUGAUAGUACUUCUUGUGAUAUUCCGAGCAAAAGUAAUUCAUUUUCUUGAAAACCUUUGUUACAAAGCUAAUGAACAGUCUCAAGAACAAACUGAGGGGAAAGGUGAGCCUACAAUUGCCAGCAGACCUUCGACAAAAAAUAAUGUAGAAGUUUCUCCUCAUGACUACAAUGUGAAUGGCCAUGAUGAAGCUGAAUUACAGUACGUCGAUAUUGUCGAGGCAGGGCAACAGAACAUAAAUGAAAGUCAUUACACAGACUUAGAGACUGUCAGAAACGACCCUGAAAACAUUUAUCAGUCGUUGGAACAUAAAAGAAACGAUAUUGCGCCAGAAAAUGUUCAAAAUAUGGAUGAUUUAUAUGAAAAUUUGGCGUGAAAUCUAGAUAACUAUACACCUCCUUAUCCUCUUCGUUUCACCCUAAACCAUUUUAAUUAAAGUUAUUUAAUUUAACUGAAGGGACCGUUUUCGGUUGUUUGUGACUCUAGAAACCAUUAAGAGGGCGCUGGUUUUCAAUUGAAUUUCGGCAAAGUUUGGAGGUGCGCACCACGGGCGCACAUGUUUGCAUGUUCAAAAAAUGGGGGAGAGGAGGUGGAUGUUGCAUUUUCAUAUUUAAUUAUUAUCCCUCGUCAAAAUACGUACUAUAGCUAAAAUUUCACUAAUUCAGUAAAGGUGUGGGAUAUGUAAUAGAGGACCAACAGACAAUGUGGAGGUAUGAGACAAUUUUUCAAAGUAUUUUAAGUUUCGAUUAUCUAGUGAAAUGGUGGGUUUUUACAUCCAUCCAUAACUUUUAUCUACAGCAAAACUACCAGGCAACUAGUUUUAGCUACAUGUAGACGUAAUUUCAUGAUCUCUUCAUUCUGAAUGUACCUAUGAUUUCAUCAGUUACAUUUCACAAAUGAGAAUCAUCCUUUUAUAUUACAGUCACUAGAAGUGACUUUUUCUUUUGUUGGCAUCGCAGUUAUCACGUCAGCAAAGGAAAAAAUCGCGUGAACAGAUUCGCCUAGUGGCUGACGCCUGUAAUAUAAAAGGAUGAUUCUCAUCUGUGAAACGAUUCUGUAAUAAAAGAUUUUACAAAUACAACCUCAUCCUCGAAUGCAGGAUUGCAUGAAUUGAAAGUACUAAUUUUUCGACGUC